UGUUUAAUCUACGACAAAAGUUUGUUUGUUUUCAGAUUGAAUUACUAGAAACUUUUGGUUUUCAAACGAUCUUGUAGGUCUUCAAAAUGAAUCAAACUAUCAACGUAGAGCAAUUAAAUUCCGCUUUAAAUUCACUACGGACACUACGAUCGAGCGUCAGCCAUGUAUUCGAAACAUUAUCUAAUGGACUACGCGCCGACCACGGCGAGGACGGCAAGGAGAAAUUUCUAUUAGAACUUCAAGAACUACUGAACAACGUUAAUAUAAACUUGAGGGACUUGGAACAGACAGUGAGUGGUCUCCCGAUACCCACUGCUCCGCUGAAUCUUGGUAAUACCACGUAUUUGAGUCAAGAAACCUCACAAGACAGGCAAACAUUGUACACGCAGUUGGUUAACAGCUAUAAAUGGACUGAUAAGAUUCACGAAUACAGCUCCUUCGCUCAUACGUUACUGAGUCAGAACUCUCUCAAAAGGUCUUACAUUAAUUCUGGGAGUACGAAAAGAAGAGGCAAACUACAAAGUAAUCACAAUGUUGCUCCUAUACAAGUUGAUAAUGUCAUAAACAACAUAGACAGAUCCUAUAACGAUAUGAAAAUUACCAUAUCAAGACCAUUUGCAAGUAAUGCAGUUGUACAGAUCAACCUAAGUCACGUUUUGAAAGCUGUUGUUGCUUUCAAGGGCUUAUUGAUGGAGUGGGUCAUGGUGAAAGGCUAUGGAGAGACCCUCGACCUGUGGACAGAGUCACGUCACCAUGUAUUUAGGAAAGUAACAGAAAAUGCUCAUGCAGCAAUGUUACACUUCUACUCACCAACAUUACCAGAGCUGGCAGUAAGGUCAUUCAUGACUUGGCUGCAUAGUUAUGUGAACCUUUUCAGUGAGCCAUGUAAACGAUGCAGUUGUCAUUUACAUCACACAUCUCUGUUGCCACCAGCGUGGAGGGACUUCCGUACAUUAGAAACAUUUCACGAUGAGUGCAAGCAAUAGUCAUUGUGGUAUUGAAUGUGGGGGCUUCCAGUUCUCUCGUUCAAUACUAUAAAUUUUUUAAAUGGACAAUAUUAAGUAAGAAAGUGUUAAUAGUUAAACUAAUGUUGAGAUGGAACAAAGGGCCAAUUAUUUUGCAGCCACUAUUGCCUAUAGUCAAUUGGAAUUCAUAAACCUAAACUGUAGUAUUAAUAAAGUGUAUCUAAUUAUCUGGAUAAGCAAGGUUGAAUAUUAUAGCAUCAUAAAUUCUAAAUAAUAUUGUAUUAAAAUGUAUAAUUUAAAUUGUGUAUGUACUAAUUGUUUUAUUUUCAAAUGGGUCUUUUAUAAAUCUUCUAUAAAUUUACAAUAAACAAUA